AUGCACCUAAUACAAUACCUCGCAUCCCUCAUCCCACUAUCCCUCUUGAACCUGAAACCAACACUCGCAUCCUCAUCCCAAACCACAAUCAUACCUCGAUAUGUCUACGACUACGCUCCCCUAGUCUGGCUUCACAGCCAAGACGCAUACAAACCAAGCGAUCUCCAAGCCCAACUAGACAAUACAACCCCCCAAGUAAACUGGACAUCUAUCCCCAACACACCAACACCACUAACACUAGAUAACCUCGAUCAACUCAAUAAUCUAGGAAACACAAGCGUCUACCUAACUACGCACGGUGGUAUUGCUGAAAGCCCCCAACCAGCUUGGUGGGGAGGUAUCACACCAGAUCGCGAUGGACGUAUAGAGAAUGGAACAGGGUGCGCGAUUAUAGUCGUUGAUCAUGGGAAAGAGAAUGUAGAUGCUUUCUACUUUUAUUUUUAUGCAUAUAAUAAAGGUGAUAGAGUAUUUGGGAGGGAAUAUGGGGAUCAUAUUGGUGACUGGGAACAUAACAUGAUCCGCUUCUCAAAGGGAAAACCCCAAGCAAUGUGGUUUAGCCAACAUGCCAGCGGACAAGCAUUUAGAUAUAAAGCGCUCGAAAAACGAGGCCAAAGACCAUAUGCCUACUCUGCGAACGGGACACAUGCCAAUUAUGCGAUAAAAGGUCAACACGAUCAUACAAUCCCCGGCCUAAACCUCCCAACCGGUUUCGUCCUAGACUAUACCAAUAAAGGAUUCCUCUGGGAUCCAACCCUAAACGCCUACGCAUAUAUCUAUAAUCCCAAGAGUAAAACGUUCACGGCAGCUGACCCUGACUCGAGAUCACCGGUUGGGUGGCUUGAGUUUAAUGGGAGAUGGGGUGAUGCAAGACCUCGGGGGGAGAAGACGAUCUUUGGAGAAGCGAAGUAUAUGGCUGGGCCUAAUGGGCCGAAGUUUAAGGUGUUGGAUCGGAAGCAUGUUUGUCCUUCUAGUCCGUGUUUGGUUUUCCCGUUUCGGACUUGGGAUGUACUUGAGCCCCAGCACUGA